AAUUCUAUAGUGUUUCUUCCACAAUUUUUUCUAACAUUUUGGUAUCAGAGCAAAGUUAGAGUGCUUUGUUAGCAUAUCAGUGUUCUGGUCACUUCAAGUUAUGUCUGGAAACAACAUUAUAGGAAGCUCCCCUCAAAAUGUUCCCAUCUUUACUGGUCUUAAUUAUCAAUUUUGGGGCAUCAAGAUGAAGACGUUAUUCAAGUCCUAUGAUUUGUGGGACUUGGUGGAGAAUGGCUUUGUAGAUCUUGCGGAUCCCAAGCAAGCUACAAGGCUGACAGCAGCUCAACGCAAUGAGCUGAAAGAAAAAAAGCAGAAGGAUGCCAAAGCUUUAUUUCUAAUUCAGCAAGCUUUGGAUGAAGCCGUAUUUCCAAGGGUUAUGGAUGUUUCCACAUCAAAGGAAGCAUGGGAUUUGCUUCAAGAAGAGUAUCAAGGCUCGAGUAGAGUUGUUACACUGAAGCUGCAAACUCCACGUCGGGAAUUCGAAAAUUUAUCAAUGAAGUCCUCAGAAGCAACUCAGGAAUUCUUCUCAAAAGUUACUUCUAUAGUGAAUCAAAUUAGAUCACUUGGAGAGGAAUUGACAAAUCAGAAAUUGUUGAGAAGGUUUUGCGAAGCCUUCCUCCCAAAUUUGAUCAUGUUGUCACAGCGAUAGAAGAGUCAAAGGACUUGUCUGA